ACAGGGAUGGAUUUACUUGGGGGGCAAUCCAUUCUCAUUUUUGUUUUCUAAAGGGGAAGAUCCAUACACACAACACACACAUAAUUUAUACAUAGAAGUAUAAGAAAUCAGGACUAUAUAAUUGGUUUAACUAGAGGUGCAUGCCAAUCUCAUUCAUCAUACAAAAUUAGCAAAAAUUGAAACAAAGCAAUUAUGCAGAGCGACUUCAAUGCCAAAGCAAGACGUAGAUCAGCAGCUUACAAAGCUGCAUCAUCAGGAAGGGAAUCUCUCAAUGUUUUACUCGAUUUUUGGAGAGAAGAAGGCGUCGCAAAGAUUGAUAAUCGUGGCGACACAAUCCUUCACUUUCUUGCUGUUAACGGUAACAUAGCUGGUUUCGGAAUUCUUGAUCCUUUGAGCAUUAAAGAUCUGGAAAUUGCAAACAACAGUGGAGAUACACCGUUGCAUGAAGCUGCUAGAUUUGGUAAAAAGAAUAUGGUGGAGAUGAUUUUGAGAAAGGAGAAGGACUUAGUUUUUUUGCGCAACAAUUUGGGAGAGACACCACUUUACGUAGCGGCUGCAAGUGGGGAGAAAGAAAUCUUUACUCUUCUGGCAAAUUUCGACUUCAAUAAGCUCACCAUGAAAAGGAAUGAUGGAAAAAAUGUACUUCAUGCAGCAGUAGCCCAUGAUUGUUAUGCUCUAGCAAUUGAUUUGGUGAAUCUAUAUCCUGAACUUGUUAACGAACGCGAUAACGAGGGAAUGACUGCUUUGAAUCUGUUGGCUACAAAAAGAUUGUCAUUCAGGAGUGGAUCCAACUACUUGUUUGCAGAAAUAGGGAAGACACCUUCUGUUCCAAUUCAGAUGAUUGAAACCAUAAUCUAUAAUUGUAUUCCACCGCGAUAUAUAGAAUCAAAGCUUGGUGUUAACCAGACACAAACUGGCACUAAAAUCGUCCGCGUUGAGAGGUUUUCGUUUACCGAGUCUCUAUUAGGUAAUUCCUGGUUACAAGAAAUCGAUGAAGCAAAGCAGAAGCAUAUUCUUGCACUAAUAUUAGCAAAAAUGUUAGUGAAAAAUUAUGAUUGGAGCUACAGUACACAGAGUGUGCCAAGUCCACUAAUACAAGCAUCAAAACUUAAAGUCGACGAGUUAGUCGUUGAAAUUGUGCAAAUGCAUCCUGAAGCUGUGGAAAACUUGGAUGAAAAAGGGAGGAACAUAAUGCAUAUAGCAGCAGAGCAUAAAGACAGAUUUCUAUUUGAUUACUUGCUCAAAACAGUGCCUAGCAAAAACAGAAUGCUGGCAGAUAUUGAUCAACAAGGAAAUACCAUUUUGCAUUAUGCAGCAAAUGUUGGGACACCAUUUUUUACAUCAACCACAGAUCUUACUAAAAGUAAUGUUGGUACACCAUCUUCUACAUCAACCACAGAUCAUACUAAAAGUAAUGUUGGCACACCAUUUUUUACAUCAACCACAGAUCAUACUAGAAGUAUUUGCUGUGUUAUGGCUGUGUUAAUGAUGAUGUGGGGCAUGCUUUGGUUUAACUAUAUAAAAUACAACCUACAUCCACGCCUUAGGGAUGUUAAAAACUCCGAUGGUUUAAAAGCAGAAGAGAUAUUCGAGAGAAACCAUUUACGCGUACGAAAAGAAGCAGAGACUUCAGUUAGAGAACUAUCAAAUUCUAUGCUUGUACUCUCUACUCUCCUCUGUACCAUCAACUUCGCCGCGAUUUUCACUGUCCCUGGAGGUUUUGAAGAGAAUACUGGCCUACCUAUUCUCCUUGACAAAGUGCAGCAAGAACUGUGGAUGCUGAUGUUUUACUUAGGUGCAGCUCUUUUUAGUUCAGUGUUCACUAUGGGUACACUUUUAUCAUUUCUUCUUUGCAAAUUCUAUAGCAAUGAUUUUUACAUUUCUUUGCCUACAAAGAUCAUAAUUGCUAUUAUUUCAGUGUUUUAUGCCACAGCAUUUACAAUCUUAGCCUGCCUUCAAGCCCUUAACCUUGAGAAUAUAUUUCUGAACAAAGAUGUUUGGUGGCUUAUUAUAGCUGUUGUUGCUGUUGGCUUUAUUAUGACACUUAUUUAUAUAGACUUAGCAUUUCCAGUCUUUGAUUAUAUGUACUAUUUGGUUUCUUAUUCAUUCUUUGUAUCUUAUAAGAAAUGACAUAUGUAAGUUGAUUAAGGUUUCAGCCAUAAUCUAUGUACUGCUUUGUCAGCUAAAUAUUAUUCUUGUUGCA